ACAAUUAAAAAUAAUAAUGGCAUUCAAAAGACUGUAUAAAAGUGAAAGUUUUACAAUAGAAAAUAGUGCUAAAAGAUUAUGCUGUAGAAGUGAUAGUUUUAAUAGUUUUUCUCAAGACGUUUUACAAUCAAUAUUAUCAUCAUCAUCAUCAUCAUCAUCAAGUCAAUCACAACAUGAUAACAACAACAACACAUCUUUGAUUGAUAAAGUCAAUUUAGAUUGCCUUGGAAAAAUAUUUGAAUAUCUUAAUUUUAAAGAUAGACUUAUGAUGGAAAAAAUUUGUAUUAAAUGGAGAGAUGCCAGUGAUUAUUCAUGGAACAUGAAAAAUCUUGAUUGUACAUAUCCAAAUAUUUGUGGUAAAUAUGGACAAGAUCCAGUUGAUCAACAGGACAUUGAAAAAAUAUUAACACGUAGUGGUAGUUAUUUAAAAAAAUUAAAGAUUGAUUCGAAAAUUUGCCAAAGUUCUGUGAUGAUAAUUGUUGGUGAUUAUUGUCGAAAUUUAAUAAAUCUUCAAAUUGAAUUAUUAUAUUAUGACAAAGAUGAUUUUAAUAAUGUCUUUGAACAAUUAGAUAAACUUGAAAAAAUUAAAAUAAUAUUACUUGAUAAUAAACAAUGUACACAAAAUAGUUAUUAUCGUUAUGACUUAUCAAUAUUACAAAGUUUACCAUCAACAAUUAAAAAAAUUAUUUGGCAAUCAAACUCAUUAAUAAGUUGGUUUUAUUUUGAUAAAAAAUUUACACAAAAAUUUGAUAAUUUUAAUGCACUUUGUUGUUUGUCAUUGGAAAUGUGUCAUUUGGAUAAAAAAGUUAUGAAAAUGUUAUUAAAAAAACAGACAAUAACUUGUCUUGUAUUAAAAUAUUGUAAAUUAGAAAAAGAAAUAUCUUGUAAAUUUAAAUUAAUUAAUCUUGAAUAUUUAGAUUUAUCGUAUUCACGAAGUUAUUAUUCAGAUUUGACUAUUGAUGAUUUGAUAUACAAUGUUACAACUAAUUCGAAAAAAUUAAAAUAUCUGAAUAUUGAAAAAUGCCAAUUGAAAUCUAAAUAUGUAUUGUAUGAUCUUGGUAAAUUGAAAAAUUUAGAAACAUUGAUAUUGAAUAAUUUGCCAGAUGUUAAUGAUGAUGUUAUAAAAGGAUUUAAAAAUUUACAAGUACUUAAUUGUAAAAAUUGUAAGGGAGUUACAGACACUGGUAUCAUUAUGGUUCUUCAACAUUGUGACUACUUGAAAAAUUUACAGCUUGAAGGAACUAAAAUUACUGUUGAGGCUCUUAUAUUUGCUUCGUCAAUUGUUGAUGAUCGAUCAACAAAAAUCAACAUGACUAUAAAUGUCGAUGAAGAACUGAUGAGCCUUUUUUUCUUUGAUGACAAAGUUACAGUUUCCUCAUAUUUUAAUAUAACUUGUAAAUAAUUAACUUGUAUUUUAGCUCAUCAUUUUUUUUUAUUCUUAUUUUUUUCUCAUAAAAUGUAUAAAAAUGUAUAAACAAAAAACAUUAACAGAUAAUAGUUUUAUAAUUCUUACAACAAAAAAAAAAAAAAAAACAGGCAGCAAAAAAACAAUAAAUUAAACUGUUAAAUUAUUCCAAUUCACCAAUUGAUUUGUAAUUAAGUAGAAAAUCGAGUUCAAUUUGUUUGAUAAAAAAAAAUACAGUUUAAUUUUUUAACUCUUCAUGUAAUGCAAUAGAAAUUUUUUAGAAAUAACUAAAUGAUAAAAAAAAAAAA